GCCUCUUUUUUUUUACUUUAUCAAAGGGAAACCAUGAAUCGGUUGGUUAAUCAAAAUUAUCACGCUCACGCUCUUUCCAGUUUCUAGUUUCUACAAUCUGGAGAUUUGGAGCGCGCGAGAUAUUUAAAGCGGGAGUAACAGAAGAGAGUCAAAAAGGACCGACUUUAUUUUUCGGGUGUUUCAUCUCCCACUAGCCCGGGACUGACUGUGUUUCUUCUUCUACUACUACAGAACCAACCAUUUGUAGGGUUUCGUUUCAUUGGUUCUCCUUUCGUUAGCUUUUUUAGAGACGGAAGAAAGGAUGAGGAGAGGCGUUUCUCCCAUUACAUUUCGGCACGAACCGACCACAAGUUCCCGGAGAGGAGUCGUUCCGGCGAAUUGUCCCUCGGUAAGGCCUCCUUACCAGGGAAGGGAAAGGUACUUCCCCCCGAAAUUCCGGCAGGAUAGGAUUAUUUCAAUGGUUUAUUCUUUUCAAUAUGGACGUUCGAACUUUGUCGUCGAGCUUCGCUCCGGUCGUCGCGCUAUUACCAAAUCUGACGUGGAGGUUCUGCUCGCUGGUUGUGCUUCGACUCCCGAACGCUGCGAGGUUUUUCCGACGGUUCUUGUUGCUGCCAGGUUGUAUUUCCAGCAAUGGAGCGACGCCUUAGAAGCGCUGACCUUCUUCUGGGAACGGCGCCUCGACGGUGCUCAUCUUCUAGAUCCUGUCGUCAUACCCAAUGUUUUUGUCAACGAGCAGAGGGACCGGAUCAAAGCCCUUUUUGCAACGCGUGUCCAGAGUCUUAUGAACGGGGAGGCUGUCAGGCGUUUGCAGAAGAAGCUGGAAGUUACGUUGGAUGGGAUUGCUAAAAUCUCGAAUAAACUCCGGAAGCCUCAAAAGCCCGGUACUUUCAAGAUGCUUGAUGCUGAAAGAAAAGGUCUUUAUGCAGAGAGGAAGCUGAUCUCCAAGAGAAUAAGCGAAUUUAAAUCUGCUAUGCGGUGUAUUCUCGAUCACCUUGAGGGGAAACAGUCCCAGGAAUGUUGUGAUUAUGGAGUUGAGGUGUUCAAGUUCAGUGGCAGUUUUGACUGGAGUCGAAUUCAUCAAUUGAUAAAGCGAGAGCUCCGGCGGCUUGAGGAUGGCUUGCCAAUUUAUGCUUCGCGUCAGGAAAUUCUUCGUGAAAUACUUUCCCAGCAGGUAAUUGUUUUGAUCGGAGAGACUGGUUCUGGGAAGAGUACACAACUUGUUCAAUUUCUUGCUGAUUCAGGAAUAGCUGCCGACCGGUCUAUUAUAUGCACUCAACCACGCAAGAUUGCUGCCAUUUCUUUGGCGCACAGGAUUCGGGAAGAAAGUAAUGGGUGUUAUGAAGAUAAUUCAGUUAUUUGUUAUCCAACGUACUCCUCCAUGCAGGGGUUUAGUUCUAAGGUAAUAUUUAUGACGGAUCACUGUCUACUACAACACUACAUGAAUGAUAAGAAUUUGGAUAACAUUUCAUGCAUCAUUUUAGAUGAGGCUCAUGAAAGAAGUUUGAAUACUGAUCUCCUAUUGGCCUUGGUUAAAAAGCUACUGGAACAGAGGUUUGAUCUAAGACUUAUUAUAAUGUCUGCCACAGCUGAUGCAAGCAAGCUUUCGGAUUACUUCUUUGGUUGCAGAACCUUUCAUGUGGUGGGAAGAAAAUUUCCUGUUGAUAUCCAGUAUGCUCCAGUUGCAUGUACAGCGGCUUCUGCUGUUUUGAAGUCUAACUCUGGUAGUCAUGCUUCAUAUGUUUCUGAUGUAGUGAAGAUGGCAAUGGAAAUCCAUGCAAGAGAAGAAGAAGGAGCAAUACUGGCUUUUUUGACUUCCCAAAUGGAAGUAGAAUGGGCAUGUGAAAAUUUUCAAGUUCCCAAUGCAGUUGCAUUGGCCUUACAUGGAAAACUUUCUUACGAGGAGCAAGGUCAUAUUUUCCAGAAUUAUGCUGGGAAAAGAAAAGUUAUUUUUGCAACAAAUCUGGCAGAGACAUCAUUGACAAUUCCUGGGGUUAAGUAUGUAAUUGAUUCCGGCAUGGUUAAAGAGAGCAGAUUUGAACCUGCCACUGGUAUGAAUGUGCUUAGAGUUUGCAGGGUUAGCCAGAGUUCUGCUGAUCAACGAGCUGGCCGAGCUGGUAGAACAGAACUGGGCAAGUGCUACAGAUUGUACUCUGAAAGUGAUUUUGAGUCAUUUUCUUCCCAUCAGGAACCAGAGAUUCRUAGAGUUCACCUUGGGGUUGCAGUUCUGAGGAUUCUUGCCUUGGGCAUUAAGAAUGUACAAGAAUUUGAUUUUGUUGAUGCACCUAGUCCCAAGGCUAUUGACAUGGCCAUUCAGAAUCUUAUUCAGCUAGGUGCUAUUACAUUAAAAAAUGAUGUUUUUGAAUUUACGGACUGUGGUUGGAAAUUGGUUAAGUUGGCUAUUGAGCCUCGUCUUGGUAAAAUUAUCCUCGAUUGCUGUUACUAUGGUUUAAGUAAAGAGGGUGUCAUUCUUUCUGCAGUAAUGGCUAAUUCCAGUAGCAUAUUCUGCAGAGUUGGUGGUGAUGAAGAUAAAUUAAAAUCAGACAGCCUUAAGGUGCAAUUCUGUCAUCGUGGUGGAGACCUCUUCACACUGCUCUCUGUUUACAAGGAGUGGGAAGAAGUCCCUCAUGAAAAUAGAAAUAAAUGGUGCUGGAGCAACAGUAUAAAUGCAAAAUCCAUGCGCAGAUGUAAAGAGACAGUUCAGGAAUUAGAAAACUGCCUUAAAAGUGAAUUACGCAUUAUUGUUCCAAGUUACUGGUUGUGGAAUCCCCAUGUGCCCACUGAACAUGAAAAAAAACUGAAGAUGGCUAUUUUCUCAGCUCUUGCUGAUAAUGUGGCAAUGUACUCUGGAUAUGAUCGACUUGGUUAUGAAGUGGCUUUAACUGGACAAUAUGUCCCGCUCCAUCCUUCAUGUUCAUUACUUGUAUAUGGUCAAAAGCCUAGUUGGGUGGUUUUCUCUGAAAUCCUAUCAAUAUCGAACCAAUAUUUGGUGUGUGUAACUGCCAUUGAUGAUGAGUGUUUGUCUCUGUCUUGUCCUCUGUUUGAUGUUUCACAGAUGAAGAGCUGGAAGCUGCAGAUGAGGUUGAUGACUGGGUUUGGCAAUAUUUUGUUGAGAAGGUUCUGUGGGAAAUCAAACACUAAUUUGCAUCGUCUUGUCUCUCGCAUUCGAACUUACUGCAAGGAUGAGCGAAUUAGCAUUGAAGUUGAUGUUGAUAAAAGAGAGAUUCAACUAUUUGCCUCUUUAGGUGAUAUGGACAUGACCUAUGGCCUUGUCAAUGAUGCCUUGGAGUUGGAAAAGAAAUGGUUAAGAGAUGAAUGCAUGGAGAAAUGUUUGUACCAUGGAGGAUCUGGUGUUUCUCCCUCUUUUGCACUAUUUGGAUCUGGUGCUAUGAUUAGGCAUCUGGAACUUGAAAAGAGAUAUUUAACUGUGGAUGUAUAUCAUUCAGAUUCAAGUUCUAUUAAUGAUAAGGAACUUCUUAUGUUUUUUGAGGAACACGUAUCUGGAAUUUCUGGUUAUCUUAAGUAUCCAGCUUUUGGACAAGAUGGUGAGGACACAGAAAAAUGGGGCAGAAUAGGAUUUCUAACUCCUGAAGCGGCUGAAAAGGCUGUUGCAGAGCUUAAUGAUGUUGAAUACUGUGGCUCAUUGCUGAAGGUAUCUCCUUCGAGGACAAGCUUUGCUACUGAUCACAGAAUGUUUUCAUUUCCAGCUGUAAGAGCGAAAAUUUCUUGGCCCCGAAGAUAUAGCAAGGGUUUUGCAAUUGUCAGAUGUGCAAGGCAGGAUGCUAAUUUUAUUGUUAAUGAAUGCUCUAAUCUGCUUAUAGGAGGACGGUUUGUCCGUUGUGAAAAUAGCAGGAAAUACAUGGAUAGUGUUGUCAUACAUGGACUUCAUAAAGAAGUUUCUGAAUCAGAAAUUUUAGAUGUUCUAAGAAAUGCAACACAUAGGAGAAUUCUGGAUGUUUUCUUGGUGAGAGGAGAUGCUGUGAACAACCUAUCAUCUGCUGCUUGUGAAGAGGCACUUCUCAAAGAAAUUGCUUCAUUCAUGCCUAGCAAUAUCCCCCUUAGCAAUUGUUGCCGGGUCCAGGUGUUUCCUCCUGAACCAAAGGAUUAUUUGAUGAAGGCUGUCAUAACUUUUGAUGGAAGAUUACAUUUGGAGGCAGCAAAGGCUUUGCAGCACAUCCAAGGGAAAGCACUCAAUGGUUGUUUUUCAUGGCAGAAGAUACAGUGCCAGCAGAUGUUUCACAGCUCUGUCUCCUGCCCUGCUGCUGUUUAUUUUGUCAUCAAGACAGAGCUGGACUCUUUACUCAAGAGAUUUGAGCAACGAAAUGGUGUAUACUGCAACCUGGAAAGAAAUGAAAAUGGCUCCUAUAGAGUAAAAAUAUCUGCCAAUGCUACAAAGACAGUGGCUGAGUUGAGGAAGCCUCUGGAGCAGCUAAUGAAAGGGAAGACUAUAAAUGACGCCAGCCUCACUCAAAGUGUACUGCAGCUACUUUUCUCCAGAGAUGGCAUCAUGCUUAUCAAGUCGCUGCAGCAAGAGACAGGGACGCAUAUUCUGUACGAUAGGCAGAACAUGAAUGUCAGGAUAUUUGGUCCAGAGGACAAAAUUGCUGUUGCUGAGCGGAGGUUGGUGCAAUCCCUUUUGACUCUCCAUGAAAACAAGCAACUUGAAAUCCACCUCCGAAGUGGGGAUCUGCCACAUGAUCUGAUGAAAGAGGUGGUUGGGAAGUUUGGAUCAGAUCUGCAUGGGCUCAAGGAGAAGGUGCCAGGAGUUGAGCUGACACUGAACACUCGUCGUCAUGUCAUCUAUGUCCGAGGAAAGAAAGAAUUGAAGAAGAAGGUAGAAGAGAUAAUUUAUGAGACUGCUUCAACUCUUAGACGUAGUGGGCUGGGUAUACGGCCUAGUGGAGAAGACACCUGUUCCAUUUGCUUGUGUGAGGUCGAAGACUGUUUCCAGUUGGAAGCCUGUGCACAUGGGUUCUGCAGGUUGUGCUUGGUGGAUCAGUGUGAGUCGGCCAUCAAAAGCCAUGAUGGGUUCCCACUGUGCUGUGCGUAUGAAGGGUGUCAAACCCCCAUCUUGCUUGCAGACUUGAGGUGUCUUCUGUCUAGUGACAAGCUGGAGGAGCUAUUCAGAGCUUCGUUGGGGGCAUUUGUGGCGUCAAGUGGUGGAACUUACAGGUUUUGUCCAUCUCCUGAUUGUCCUGCAGUUUAUAAAGUUGCUGACCCUGGAACUGCUGGUGGGCCAUUUUCCUGUGGGGCAUGCUAUGUAGAAACAUGCACCAGAUGCCACUUGGAAUACCACCCCUAUGUUUCGUGCGAGAGAUACAAGAUGUUCAAGGAGGACCCAGACUCAUCUCUGAAGGAGUGGUGCAAAGGUAAGGAACACGUUAAGCACUGCCCUGUAUGUGGGUACACCAUAGAGAAAGUGGAUGGGUGCAACCACAUUGAGUGCAAGUGUGGGCGGCAUAUCUGCUGGGUUUGUUUGGAGAGCUUCCACAGCAGUGAUGACUGUUAUGGACACUUGAGGUCUGUACACCUGGCUAUCUAUGAAGCCUAAUCUAUUAUAUGCCCCCUGUAAAUAUGUUGUAUCGUAUAUGCCUGUGUAUAAUCAUAUCCACCAUUACCGGUUUGUAGUUACAGAUAUCAGUAGAUACUGACAUACCUGAUCUUGUCUUCCGACAAAUCACAUUGCAUUUCAAGUUGGCACCGA